CGGCUGUUGGCGGCGGUUGGCCCUGCCUUGGUGGCGGCUCCACGUGCGGGCGGGGACGAUGCGUCACUGAUUAGUGAGGCCCGGCCGAGGGGUCGGCCUCCGUUCGGAGUCUGCGGCUGGCUCCCUUCUCAGAGGAAUUAAGAUGAAUAUGACUCAAGCCCGAGUUCUGGUGGCUGGAGUGGUGGGUCUGGUGGUGGUCCUCCUCUACGCCUCCAUCCACAAGAUCGAGGAAGGACACCUGGCCGUGUACUACAGGGGAGGAGCUUUACUAACUAGCCCCAGUGGACCAGGCUAUCAUAUCAUGUUGCCUUUCAUUACUACCUUCAGAUCUGUGCAGACAACACUACAAACUGAUGAAGUUAAAAAUGUGCCUUGUGGAACAAGUGGUGGGGUCAUGAUCUAUAUUGACCGAAUAGAAGUGGUUAAUAUGUUGGCCCCUUGUGCAGUGUUUGAUAUCGUGAAGAACUACACUGCAGAUUAUGACAAGACCUUAAUCUUCAAUAAAAUCCACCAUGAACUGAACCAGUUUUGCAGUGCCCAUACACUUCAAGAAGUUUACAUUGAAUUGUUUGAUCAAAUAGACGAAAACCUCAAGCAAGCUCUGCAGAAGGAUUUAAACGUCAUGGCCCCAGGCCUCACCAUACAGGCUGUGCGUGUUACAAAACCUAAAAUCCCAGAAGCCAUAAGAAGAAAUUUUGAGUUAAUGGAGGCUGAGAAGACAAAACUUCUUAUAGCUGCACAGAAACAAAAGGUUGUGGAGAAAGAAGCUGAGACAGAGAGGAAAAAGGCUGUUAUAGAAGCAGAGAAGAUUGCACAAGUGGCAAAAAUUCGGUUUCAGCAGAAGGUGAUGGAGAAAGAAACCGAAAAGCGCAUUUCUGAAAUUGAAGAUGCUGCAUUUCUGGCCCGAGAGAAGGCGAAAGCAGAUGCUGAGUAUUAUGCCGCACACAAAUACGCCACCUCAAACAAGCACAAACUGACCCCGGAAUAUCUGGAGCUCAAAAGGUACCAGGCCAUUGCUUCUAACAGUAAGAUCUACUUUGGCAACAGCAUCCCUAGCAUGUUCGUGGACUCCUCUUGUGCUUGGAAAUAUUCAGAUGUUAGGACUGAAACAAAAGGUUCUCUCCCCUCUAAGGAGGCUCUUGAACCCUCUGGAGAGAGCCCCAUCCAAAACAAGGAGAAUACAGGUUGAUGCAACAGACAGAAAUGUUCUCCAGUAUCAAGAUCUGGCCCAAGGGGUUAAGUGGGAACAAUGGUUAUACAACUCUUCAGACUUACAGAGAACUCAUGCUCUGUCUGCUCUGCCUCUCCUGCGGUCGUCCUGAUUUAUCAGCUGAUUGCAGGAUAGAACUAGCUGUCUGCACCCAGAUGGUCUUUUCAGCUGCAGUUUUAUCAACUAUCCUGAGUGUGUUCCUUUCUAAACUGGUACUCAUGAAUGAGAGAAAGUCUGAUGCUAAGACACUGCCUGCACUGGAAUGUUAAACACUAGAUAUAUGAUAAGCUGUGUUUUACUAAGCUGAAAUGUAUUGAAUAAUGUUUACAUUGGUCCCUGGGGGAAUGUGUGUUCAGCCAUUCAAGAGAUUGGAGGCCAGAGAGAAGAUGGCCGUAAUGUGGUAAGUGUAAUGAAGACUGAUUGCUUCGGGACCCAGGCUCUCUCUCUGGGGUCCAGUCCUGGCAUUCAUCCCUGUGAUUAGCAUCUAGUCCACAGAAGUUCUUCAGGAAAUGAUCUUCUGCUUGAGCAACCAUUUACUUGAUAAGAUUCUCACCUGUUUGAUUUCCUGUAGUCAAGAUGGUGGCCUGCUGGGUCGUGCACCAUGCCACCCAAUCAGAGAUUCUUCAGAGAGAUUCCUAAUCAUUAGUUUAUUGCUUUAGUAAGCUCAGAGAUAGAGCUUGGUUUGAAGUUUGGGGUGAGAUGAAACCUUUGCUUUGAACCAAAGCUCUGGGAGAUAUGCAUUCUCCUCCAUUAGGUGAUGGAUGUCUGUGUCACUGUCUCAGGCCAUAUGUGACAAGGUGCCUGGUUUUUAGCCACAGACAACUCCUUAUAUGUCACCUCUCAGCUCUGACCAAGAGUGGAACAAAGACUUUAAAAAGAAAUAGGAGCAGUAUCCAGUUCCUAGCUGUUCACUGCACAGUAUUGUAUCAUAACUGCAGGAAGUUUUUAUUUUUAAAACUGGAUUUGGGGUGCUUUCAUUUGCCCCAGUACCUCUGCCUAAAGGUCAAAUCCUGGGGCUGCCAUGGUUACUAGCCCACAGAUUCUCCUUCUGAAGUUGUUUAGGACUCCACAUAGGGUGGAACAAGGAGUAACCUAGAAAGCAUCCUUGGUCAUCUUUGUCUCCGUCCCUCCUGGCCCAGAGAUGCUAAAAUCGAAGUUGUUCCCCAGCUUUUACCUCACCUAGGAGAUCAGGAUUAUUCCAGUGACUUCCUGGGCAGCCAGUGGAUUUAAAUUUCCAUGGGAUGCUGGUAAGAGUUAGCCUGUGGCUAUGGGAGAUCUGUUUCAUCUGGACCUUUUUUACCUUAAGAUUAAGUUUCCUGAAUCAGUGUGCCCUGUAAUUAGGCCGGAGUUUAUGCAGUUUUAAGACACCUUUUAUGUACGCUACAUUCAAGCCAGACAGAAAAUUCAUGGGACCACUUCCAGAAACCUUUAAGCUAACUAUCAGUCUCACGACAGCCUGUGGGUUGUGCCAAACACUUAAUGUGGGAAAGGAAUCCAGAUUCAGGGUCUUUUCCCUAGGCCUUAUCCUGUAAAGGCAUUCGUAAUAUGGAAAGGAUUUUUGUUUUUGCUCAUCUAAUUAUAUACAUUCUCUUUAUGAAUGAGUUUUGUGUUCUCUAGCCCUCUUUAAAAGGUCUUUGGAACUAUAUAAUAAACUGUCAUAUGUUGCUGCGUAUAAAUAAUGAUUGCUGUGGGAAGUCUGGAUCAUUGACCUUUGUGCUUUCAUUCCUAGAGAUGUUUCCUAUUCCUGUGAGCUAAAAGCUGUUGCCCCAAAGUGGUGGAUGUGGGUUUUCUUACAAGUCACAAGCCCUGGUGGCAAAGUUGAGGAACAGGGAAGUAGCACUGUGAAGUUUUCGAGAAAGGACUUUUGUUUAAACUCGUCGUGGAGUGUGCUUCCCUGUGCUCACUGGAGCUCUCAGUCUGUCCUCCCUUCAGGGAUGUUCCUUUUGGUAAUCUUGAAGUCUAAAUUUUUAUGUGAAAUGCUACCUUUUUAAAAAAAGACACUAAAUAAAAUUAUUUUACUAUCAGUGA